GCAAGAGGGUGCUUGUCCCAGGUCCCUACCAGGUGCCCGUAGACGUCGGCAGGCUGGAGGUAGAAGGUGGAGUUGAGCAGCUCUUCCAGCCUGCGCGGAACGUCGUUCUCCCGGUAGUACUCCAACGCCUGCUGCUUCAGCUUCUGCAGCUCCCUAGUGGUCCCACAGCUGCGGCCGCCGCCUUCUUCCCCCAUGAUGGAAACAUCUGAGACUCAGGGCAAAGCACCUUGCCCAGGGCCACACAACGAGUAGGUGAUGGAGAGUGUUGGCGUGUACGGAUUCUGUGGGUGUGCAGCCAAGAACAAAAUGAAGUGUGAUUCAAGGUGGAAAGUAACUGCUUCAGAAACGGCCCCCGCAUCUGCAUAUUCAUCUCCAGCCCGGAGUCUGGGGGACACAGGAAUAACACCUCUGUCUCCUUCCCAUGUUGUGAAUGAUGCCGACUCGAAUGUCUCGGAGCAGCAGACGUUUCUCGUGGUGGUGGCCGUCGACUUUGGGACCACAUCCAGCGGCUAUGCCUACAGCUUCACCAAGGAGCCAGAGUGCAUCCAUGUGAUGAGGCGAUGGGAAGGAGGGGACCCUGGGGUGUCCAACCAGAAGACUCCGACCACCAUCUUGUUGACCCCCGAGAGGAAAUUCCACAGCUUCGGGUAUGCCGCCAGGGACUUUUACCACGACCUGGAUCCCAACGAGGCCAAGCAGUGGCUGUACCUGGAGAAGUUCAAGAUGAAGCUGCAUACCACGGGGGACCUCACCAUGGAUACAGACCUGAUGGCAGCAAACGGCAAGAAAGUCAAAGCCCUUGAAAUCUUUGCCUACGCCCUGCAAUACUUUAAGGAGCAGGCACUGAAGGAGCUGAGCGACCAGGCAGGUUCGGACUUUGAGAACUCUGAUGUCAGAUGGGUCAUCACGGUGCCUGCCAUCUGGAAACAGCCCGCCAAGCAGUUCAUGAGACAAGCUGCCUACCAGGCAGGCCUGGCCUCCCCCGAGAACUCGGAGCAGCUCAUCAUAGCCCUGGAGCCCGAGGCGGCCUCCAUCUACUGCCGGAAGCUGCGACUGCACCAGAUGAUCGAGCUGAGCAGCAAGGCGGUGGUCAAUGGGUACAGCUCCAGUGAUACAGUAGGAGCUGGGUUUGCACAGGCUAAGGAACACGUACGGCGUAAUCGGCAGAGUCGGACCUUUUUGGUGGAGAACGUCAUAGGAGAAAUCUGGUCCGAGCUGGAGGAAGGUGACAAGUAUGUGGUUGUGGACAGUGGCGGUGGCACAGUAGACUUGACAGUCCAUCAGAUACGGUUACCAGAGGGACACCUUAAAGAACUGUAUAAAGCAACAGGCGGACCCUAUGGCUCCUUAGGAGUAGAUUACGAAUUUGAGAAGCUUCUGUGUAGAAUAUUCGGAGAGGAUUUUAUCGAGCAAUUCAGAAUGAAGCGUCCCGCAGCCUGGGUUGACUUAAUGAUCGCGUUUGAGUCUCGCAAAAGGGCGGCUGCCCCGGACCGAACGAACCCGCUGAACAUCACCCUGCCCUUCUCCUUCAUUGACUACUACAAGAAGUUCCGUGGGCACAGUGUGGAGCACGCUUUGAGGAAGAGCAACGUGGAUUUUGUGAAGUGGUCCUCGCAGGGGAUGCUGAGGAUGAGUCCAGAUGCCAUGAAUGCCCUUUUUAAGCCGACCAUCGACAGCAUCAUUGAGCAUCUCCGGGACCUGUUCCAGAAGCCCGAGGUGUCCACUGUGAAGUUCCUCUUCCUGGUGGGCGGCUUUGCCGAGGCGCCGCUCCUGCAGCAGGCCGUGCAGGCUGCCUUUGGCGACAAGUGCCGCAUCAUCGUCCCCCAGGACGUGGGCCUCACCAUCCUCAAGGGCGCCGUCCUCUUCGGCCUGGACCCUGCCGUCAUCAAGGUGCGCCGGUCUCCGCUCACCUACGGGGUGGGCGUGCUGAACCGCUACGUGGAGGGCAAGCACCCGCCCGAGAAGCUGCUGGUGAAGGAUGGCACUCGCUGGUGCACCGAUGUUUUCGACAAGUUCAUCUCUGCCGACCAGUCCGUGGCCCUGGGGGAGCUGGUCAAGCGUAGCUACACGCCGGCCAAGCCCUCCCAGCUGGUCAUCAUCAUCAACAUCUACAGCUCUGAGCACGACGACGUGAGCUUCAUCACCGACCCUGGGGUGAAGAAGUGCGGCACGCUCCGCCUGGAUCUCACGGGGACCAGCGGCACGGCUGUGCCCCCUCGGAGGGAGAUUCAGACCCUCAUGCAGUUUGGGGACACCGAGAUCAAGGCCACGGCCAUCGAUAUAGCCACCUCCAAGAGUGUCAAGGUUGGAAUUGACUUCUUAAAUUACUAACCGGCCUCCCCGCCGCCUGCCCCCAUGGACGCACUCACCUGCAUCUGCUGACCUCAGCCCUGACUGCUGGCCCCGCCCUGCCCCUCACCAUUGCCCACCUGAAUUUCAGCAGCGAAGAUGAGAACAACCAGGGCUGGAAUAAUUAGGGAUUUUUGAGGGCACACUGGAGUCAGAAAAACUCUUGGAAAUUAAGAUCGAGGUUUAGGAAUAAGAAAUUCAAAGAUCCUAAGAGCAGCUGGUUUUCACAGGUACAAAGUGGUGAGACACCCACCCAACAAGGGAAUCAGUAUGUUUCUGCAGCAGUGACUGAGUUUGCUUUGAACAGAUCUCCGUUAAGUAGAACUUAGGAUGCCCUAUUGCUGUCUUUCCAGAUUUGAAAUGAGAUCUUUGAGCCAGGGGAAGAUUCUUCAUCUCUGAGACUUUCCUUUUUACCAUUUUUGGACGGCAGUCAAUAUAAAAUGCCAUCCAUCUGCAGUUCAUUUCUUUUCUUCAUCAUGUGAUUCAAAGUGGUGAUUCAGUGGGAACUUGGAGCAUUUUUAGCUGGUGGGAGAGGACUGCCUACACUGGGCACUAUUUUAGGUUCUCAUAAUUUAAAUUCCAAAUAGGUUCCAUGAAGAAUAACUGUAGCUUUGGCUAAUCCACUAGGAUUUGUGUGAGUGGGAGGGCUGAUACCUCAACUUUUCUGUAGGUAAAAACUUCUUUGAGGAAAAUGGAUAUUAAAGAGCUCCUGACCUAUCCCACAUUAUAUGCUGUGAUAUAAUUCCCAGAAUGCCAAAUCCUGAUUUCUGAAUUCCUAAGUAAUUCUAAUUAACCUUCAUAGGAUCCUGUGUGAGAAAGUUAGGCUGCAAUUUGCCUUGUCCACAUCACUGAGCCCAGGAGUCUGGAACAGCCCCUCACCUUGACAGGCCUACAUAUUUUAUUUUAUUUUUAUGUUUUAUUUUUUGCAGGGAAGGACUCGCCUUGAGCUAACAUCUGUUGCCAAUCUUCCUUUUUUUUUUCUUUUUUAUUCUCCCCAAAGCUCCAGUACAUGGUUGUAUAUCCUAGCUGUAAGUCCUUCUAUGUGAGCUGCCACCACAGCAUGACAACUGACAGAUGGGUGGUGUGGUUCCGCCACUGGGAAACGAACCCAGGCACUGAGGUGGACGGCACAGAACUUUAACCACUAGACCAUCAGGGCUGGCCCCAAGCAUACAUAUUUUAAAUUAACUCCCUCCUCCCUGCUCACUCUCAUCCCCCUAAGAGUUCUGGCCAUGUAUUCCCACAUUUUGAAAAGAAUACAUUGGUGAGACAUGGGCAGAGAAUCUGUUCUAUGAAAUGCUUCAUUCAAAUCUUCAGUUUUUGAAGUCCGUCCAAAAGGAAUUCGUAGAUCUAUACUCCAGGAAUUAAGCCAGGUUUUUUCAGAGCAGAUCUGUGGAUCACUGGCAUGAGAACUGCCUGGGUGCUUGUUAAAAACAGGUUCCUGGAUCCUGUCUCUUUUAGAACUGAAGUUGAGUCUGAGAGAGGAGGACCAGAAUCUGCCACUUUUAGUAAACACCACAGGAGCCUGUGUUUCAACUGCAAUUUGAGAACUCCUAACUUAGGUUUUGUCGGAAGCUGAAGCGUAGAUGGCAGCCUGCAGCCUGCAGCCUUCCCAUUGUGACCCCCUCAGGACAGAGGGUUUACAGGUGAAGAGCGAUGAUCCCACGUCUCCCCCUCUUGUGCGUGGGCCUGGGGCUCCAUCUGGCUUAGGGAUGACGCUUUUAAUCCUCACAGGAAAACCCCGGGGAGGAAAAAGAUUGCAAGAAAGCCACCCUAAGGACGGGGCUGACCCAGGAACCAACUGGUGGGGCUGGGUUCUCUCCUUCCUCCCCCACUUGCAAAGCCAGUCUUCUCCAACAUUCAGGAACCAACUGAGGAAGAAGAAUCAAGAAUCUGACUCACAGCCUGUCUGAUCUGUUCAAAGCUAUCUUUUCCACCUGCUGGAAUUCAUUCCGAUUUUAAAUCACUGGAGGCAUGCAUAAUGAAUGAAGGGAAGAUGAGGGAACUAACUUCGAAUGCAAGUUGGAUUCACAAACCCAUUAUCAUAGCCGAUACACAGAUUUUAAAUAGCAUUUCCAGUUUCAUUUUAACAUGUCUUCUUUUUCACAUCGCCUGCUGCAGAAUUCCCUACUGGGAUGUGAAACACGAACAAACCACAGAACUAGAGAAGGCUAGUCACAUAACUCAGUGGCGGGAUUUCAUAUCCAGGCACAAAGGUGUGUUUGCUAGGGUUCUCUUCUGCCUGCUCUGCUUCAAAAGCUAAAUGUUAUGGGUCUUUCUUUGCUGUUGCCAGCCAUACUCUACAAAUAAGACUUUUCAAUUUAGUUAUAAGUAAUAUAAUUUUAUGUACAUACAAUAUUAGAAUAUUGUACAGAAUCUUUAUUUCUACAAUGUGCUUUUCUUGUUAAAAUGAAAAUGCUCUUUGAAUUCUGUUGAUGACAUUGCUGCCUUUAAUUUUCCAUGGUUUCAUUUCUUAAUUGUGCAUACUAAUCAUCAGUUUGUACCAAUACUAAGCUAUGGACUAUUUAUGCAAGACUGAGCAAUAGACAGAGGUGCCCAGGGUCAGAAUACUCUGAACAAAUGGACCACCUGGAUCCACUUCAUCAGAGCUUUCUAUACACACAUCCUUCCCAAAGGUUCACAGGUUAUAUUUAAAGGAGCAUAAUAAUAUUAUCGAUUCUCCUGUCCAGUCCUUGAGAGCUGAACAUUCUGGUUCUGUAAGUAAUGUGACUGUGCAGAAAAACCUAUGAAAAUUCUUUGUAUCCCUGCAGGGUCGUCAACCUUUCCUUGUGGGACAAAGCAGUCACUGAGGGCAAAGUGUGGUCCACCGUGUGUGAUGUUUUCAGAACGCCAGGGUCAAAGAAAGGAAUCUAGUAGUGCACAAAUCCAGCUUAUCUACUGGAUUAAGUGUGAGUAAUAUAGUCAAGUCCCUCUUUUUUGGGUAACGUAAGGUCUUUCCCACCUUGCAUUAAGGAUGUCUCCUUGUCUACUAUUUCUCUUAGACGAGCUGGUUGAAAUCUGCACUGUUGGCAAACAGAUGAUGGAGAGGGGGUGAUAAUUUUAUUGGACUUUCUUCUGGCCCCAGAGAUGCAGCCCCAUUAGUCAAACUCCUUAAAGGGAAUCCCCAAAUCCAUCCCUCCUCCCCCUCCACCCCCACAGAAAUAUUCUAGAAUAAGAGCACUGGAUAAAUACACUUGAACACAUUUUCUAAUCUUAGAAAGUUUCUAAAAGGCCUGUUGUCUUGACCCAUUACUCAACUGUCCCUGGCAUAUUAUCUGAUGGUCAUGUUUCUUGGAAGCAGAAUUGUCAAAAGAUUUUCUUUGUAACUGCCCUUUCUGUACACAGCAGGCAUUAAUAAAUGCUGAAUGACAGACAAGUUACAGACAAAAGAGUAAAGAGGAGGAGACUAUAUAAGCGUUUUUGCAGAGUGAUGGCUAAGAUGAGUCCAGUUUACAGAGCCUGCCCUACCCUUAGAAUGUUAUUUAGAUCAAGUUUAGCUUUUAGAGUCCAGGUCUGGUGAAUUGCCAGGGUGGCAAAGAAUCGCAUGCGCCAAUAAACAGGAGUCAAUAUGCAUUAUUAGUCGAAGAUCGAAUUUCACAUUGUAGAGAUGAAAUAGCUGUGAUUAAGCUGCAUAUUUACGCUGGAAAGUGGCUUAAGUGGUUGACUAGUAUAAAAGUUGUUGGCCGUAACAUCACACCUCUCAUCUGCUUGGAAUAUGGACCAGUAUUCUAAAAUAUCAGUCAUUGGGGUCUUGUUCACUACAAGAUAAAUUCAAACUUCACAGAACUUUGCAGCAGUUCACAACUUGACAGAUUGUAUCUGCAAACUUUCUGUCUUCACAGAUGUCUAAUAAAGCAAAACUCUGGA